AUGGGCUCCGAUCCCAAGGCGGUCCCGCUUGUCCGAGUUCACUCGGAAUGCUUCACUGGAGAAACAGCGUGGUCGGCGAGAUGUGAUUGCGGAGACCAGCUCCAGGAAGCUGCCCGCCGGAUCCUCCAAGAGCCCAUCCCGCACGGAGUCAUCAUUUACCUUCGCCAGGAGGGUCGUGGCAUAGGUCUGGAGCAAAAGUUGAAAGCAUACAACCUACAAGACCUGGGUUUCGACACCGUGGAAGCGAACGAGAUCCUAGGCUUCCCGGCAGAUGCCCGUGAGUAUGGUGCCGCCGUGGACAUUCUGCAUGAUCUGGACUUGGCUGGAGGACGCGGGAUCAGGUUGUUGACCAACAACCCAGAGAAGAUCAGGGCCAUUGGGGGAAAGGGGACCGGAAUCAUCGUCCGAGAGGCAGUGUCCAUUGCUUCACUGACCGAAUCAUUCCUUCAAAAGAAGCAUUCAAGCGAGGUGAAAAGCUACCUACGCACCAAAUCCGCCAAAAUGGGCUAUCUGUUGUAG